AUGGGCUCCGAAGCACCGAGGACUCGCUGGGCGGCGCUCGCCCGUGACACAAACGAGACCAAGAUCCAGCUGGCUCUGAACCUCGACGGCGGUGACUUUCCUCCCGACACAGACGCCCGCCUCAUCUCCGAGACGGAUGCCCACGCCAGUCAGGCAAGCAAGUCACAGACCAUUUCCAUCAACACGGGCAUUGGUUUCCUGGACCACAUGCUGCACGCCUUGGCCAAGCACGCUGGUUGGAGUUUGGCCAUUGCCUGCAAGGGCGAUCUACACAUCGACGACCACCACACAGCCGAAGACGUUUGCAUUGCCCUCGGAUACGCCUUUGGCAAGGCGCUCGGCUCGGCCGCGGGUCUGGCACGUUUCGGAUCGGCCUACGCGCCACUGGACGAGGCGCUGUCGCGGGCCGUGGUCGACCUGUCGAACCGACCCUUUUCGGUCGUGGAGCUGGGCCUCAAGCGCGAAAAGAUUGGCGACCUCAGCUGCGAAAUGAUCCCCCACUGCAUCGACAGCUUUGCCCAGGCCGCCCGCAUCACCGUCCACGUCGACUGCCUCCGCGGCUUCAAUGACCACCACCGCGCCGAGAGCGCCUUCAAGGCCCUCGCUGUGGCUGUCAAGGCCGCCACCAGCCGGGUCGCUGGCAAGGAGGGCGAGGUGCCGAGCACCAAGGGAACGUUGAGCGUAUAG